AUGGAGCCCAGUCGCCGGCGACGUCGGGGUGAGAGGGACCGCAUCAGCGGUCUCCCGGACGAGCUGCUUCACGUUAUCCUCCGCCACCUCCGUUCGGCCGCCGCCGCCGCGCGCACCAGCGCGCUCUCCCACCGCUGGCGUCGCGUCUGGGCCCACUCCCCAGAUCUCGUCUUUGGUGACGACCUAAUCCGUGGCGUGGAGGGGGACGGGGCCUCCUUCCUCGACGCCGUCGACGGAGCCCUCGCUGCCUACUCCGACGACCGGGCCCUUCACGUGGACAGCCUCAAGAUCACCGUGCCUCGCAUAUGCGGGGAGAACGUCACAGCCAGCCGUGUCGAGCCGUGGCUGCGUUUCGCCAUGCAACGCCUGGCAGGCGAGUUCUUCCUCUCCGUGCCUCACCCGAAGUCAUGGCCGAGGGACAACCGCAAGGACGACAAGCUCGAGCUGCCCCCGUGCAAGGGAGUGACGAAAAUACAGCUCCAGCUCGGGUUACUCUUCUUCCUCCGUAUCCCGCCGGCCGGCAUGUUCGGGGCUCUGGCCGACCUGGUGAUAUGCCAAACCACCAUGGAUGGCCCAGAGCUGGGGGUCAUUGUGUCCUCGCAUUGCCCCAGGCUGCCACUACGUCACGCAUUUUCAGCAGUGCCAGAAAUUACUAUUGGAGGCACAGUUGAAUAA